AGAGAGAGAGAGAGAGAGAGGUUUUUGAGAGCAUAGCGAGUGGAGAACGGGAACCCAAUGCCAGCUGCCAACAUUAUGGAGAACCUCCAGCUACCCGCCCUGCAGGUGCCGGGGGAGUCCCAGGGAGCCCCCGAGGUCAGUCCAGUCUGGUCCAGCUCAUCCACUCCAACGCUUCGUCGGCGGAGAUUCAAGAUGCGCCGGAUGAAGAACGUGCAGGAACAGAGUUUGGAGGGGGGCCUGGCUCCGGACCUGUCCAGCUCUUUAGCCCCUGGCAAGGAGUUCUUACAGUUGCCGUCCAUCGAGAUAACUCCAUCCAGCGAUGAGGACACUCCCUGGUCCAACUGCUCCACACCUAGCGCCUCACCCCGCCGCAAACGCUUCCUCCUCCGAAAGUGGCUUCGGGUGAGGGAGCGCAAACAGUGCAGUGAGAGCAGCAGUCAGCAGAGCAGCCAGCAGAGCAGCCAUGAGGAUGAUUCAAGUCGGUUCCUGAGCCCCCGCGUACGGGAGGAGAGCACUGCCAGUAACUCCAACCGCAGCACGCCUGCCUGCUCCCCCAUCCUCCGCAAGCGGUCCCGCUCACCCACCCCACAGAACCCGGACGGAGACACCAUGGUGGAGAAGGGCUCGGACCACUCCUCCGACAAGUCCCCAUCGACACCGGAGCAAGGGGUCCAGCGCAGCUGCUCUUCCCAGUCCGGCCGCAGUGGCAGCAAGAACUCCAAGUAUGACAGACUUAACCUGAUCAAAAAAAGCCAGAGUUGGUAUAACGUAUUAAGCCCAACUUACAAACAGCGGAAUGAAGACUUUAGAAAGCUUUUCAAGCAACUUCCUGACACAGAGCGCCUCAUCGUUGAUUACUCAUGUGCGCUCCAAAGAGACAUUCUCCUCCAGGGCCGACUCUACCUCUCCGAAAAUUGGAUCUGUUUCUACAGCAACAUCUUCCGCUGGGAAACUCUGCUAACAGUGCGAUUGAAAGACAUCUGCUCCAUGACUAAAGAAAAAACAGCCCGACUCAUUCCCAAUGCAAUCCAAGUUUGCACAGACACUGAAAAGCACUUUUUUACAUCCUUCGGGGCCCGAGAUAGGACAUACAUGAUGAUGUUCCGGCUGUGGCAGAAUGCCCUCCUAGAGAAGCCCCUAUGUCCCAAGGAGCUGUGGCACUUCGUCCAUCAGUGUUACGGAAACGAAUUGGGCCUGACUAGUGAUGAUGAGGAUUAUGUACCUCCAGAUGAUGACUUCAACACAAUGGGCUACUGUGAGGAGCUCCCGGUAGAAGAGAAUGAGGUGAAUGACAGCUCCUCCAAAAGCAGCAUAGAGACUAAGCCAGAUGCCAGCCCACAGCUGCCGAAGAAGUCUAUCACCAACAGCACGCUGACCUCCACCGGGAGCAGCGAAGCCCCUGUUUCGUUUGAUGGAUUGCCCCUGGAAGAAGAAGGGGUAGAAGGGGAUGGCCCCCUGGAGAAGGAGCUCACAAUUGACAACAUUAUUGGGGAGAAGAUCGAGAUCCUUGCUCCAGUGAACUCACCCUCUUUGGAUUUUAAUGAUAAUGAGGAUCUUCCUACUGAGCUCAGUGAUUCAUCAGACACCCAUGAUGAAGGAGAAGUCCAAGCUUUCUAUGAAGAUUUGAGUGGCCGGCAGUAUGUGAAUGAGGUUUUUAACUUCAGUGUUGACAAACUGUAUGACCUGCUCUUCACGGACUCUCCCUUUCAGAGGGAUUUCAUGGAGCAGCGUCGCUUCUCUGAUAUCAUUUUUCAUCCAUGGAAAAAGGAGGACAAUGGAAACCAGAGUCGAGUGAUUCUCUACACCAUCACCCUCACCAACCCUCUGGCUCCCAAAACUGCCACUGUUACAGAGACUCAGACCAUGUACAAGGCCUGCCAGGAGAGCGAAUGCUACGUGAUAGAUGCUGAGGUGCUCACCCACGAUGUGCCAUACCAUGACUACUUCUAUACCAUCAACCGCUACACACUCACCCGUGUGGCUCGAAACAAGAGCCGACUCAGGGUCUCCACAGAGCUGCGCUAUAGAAAACAACCCUGGGGGCUAGUGAAAAGCUUCAUCGAGAAGAAUUUCUGGAGUGGACUUGAGGAUUACUUUCGCCAUUUGGAGACUGAGCUGACUAAAACAGAGAGCACUUACCUGGCUGAGUUACACCGACAGUCUCCCAAAGAGAAGGCCAGCAAAGCCCCUGCUGUACGGAGGAGGAAGCGACCCCAUGCCCAUCUGAGGGUACCCCACUUGGAGGAGGUUAUGAGCCCUGUCACUACUCCUACAGAUGAGGAUGUGGGCCAUAGGAUCAAACACGUAGCAGGAUCUACCCAGACCCGGCACAUCCCUGAAGACACCCCCACUGGCGGCUUCCACCUUCAGAGUGUGUCCAAGCUGCUCCUCAUUAUCAGCUGUGUCCUGGUGCUUCUGGUGAUUCUCAAUAUGAUGCUGUUCUACAAACUCUGGAUGCUGGAAUACACUACCCAGACCCUCACUGCGUGGCAGGGCUUGAGACUCCAGGACAGGGGUCUGGGAGCACAGGACAGUCCUCUGAGCAUAACUCCAGCUGCCGGGGUGACCCUUCUUAUGCCCCACAGGUUACCCCAGUCCCAGACAGAAUGGGCCCAGCUCUUAGAAUCCCAACAAAAGUAUCAUGACACAGAACUCCAAAAAUGGAGGGAGAUCAUCAAAUCCUCUGUGAUGCUUCUAGACCAGAUGAAGGACUCACUCAUCAACCUUCAGAAUGGCAUCAGAACCCGGGACUACUCAUCUGAAAAAGAGGAGAAGAGGAACCAUUAUCAUUGACAAGGCAGGAACAGGGGUGACUCCAGAGGCCUGUGCAAUACAUGUACAUAGACCAUAUAAAUAUAUAUAUAUAAAUAUAUAUAUAUAUACAGAAUAUAAAUAUAUAUUAUAUACAGAUUUUAAAAAGAGAUAAUGCCUAUGUACCAGGGAGAAGGAGCGGGACUGCCUCCUGCACUGGCCGGAAAAGCAAUUUCUUUCGGUUGGAGGGCAGGGGGCAGUUUCCAGCACCGACCCUCCCCAUCCUCUAUCCCCCCAGUCCUUCCAUCCCCACCCUUCCCUUGCUGGCCAUCCCUUGGCUGUUUGAAGGGAAGUGAAGUUGAGCCAAAGUCAUGCUUGGGCAGGCCCUGGGGUCUUGGAUAGGAGUCUCAAAGGGGCAUUGCUAUGGUGCUUCAUUCCCUGCCCUCCAUUUUUUUGAAAAUUGGAAAAAAGGGACCCCUCCUUCACCACCACCCCAGCUUAUCCUGGAUGCCCAGACAUGGGGGGCAGGGAUUCAGGCCUGCAGCUGACAGAGGAGGCUCCACCUAUAUCCCACUGUAAGGGCCACCAAGGAAAAGUGGACCCUUCAGCCAGAUGGACAGGACUUGUUAGAAAAGCCAAAAGGCAGUAUUUAUGGGAUUUCUGGUGGGGUGGGAGGGUAUGGGAAUGGGAAAAGGGGGAGGGCUUGGAGAUUGGAGUCCCUGGGAAUUUUUUUAUCACUGCUGCCUCCCCUGAUCUUCAUUGGGAUCCUCCAGCUCAAAAUACACAUAGGCUGGGGGAGCACAGGUCUCUCAUUUUCUACUCUCUCUCUUUCUCUCUGAUGUUCACUCAGGUUGGGUCUGUGUAAAAUUAAGUUGCUUUUUAGUGCCUGAAAUUCUGCUGUCUUCUCCCCCUGCUCUCCCCAAAAAGAACAUUGUUUCUUAGGAUGUAUAAAACUUAAUGAUUUUGCUAAGAACUUAUUUUUAUCGGUUUUAGGGCCAGAAGGGUGAAUAGUUCUAAUUCAAAUCACUUUGAGCCAAUGCUGUAAAAUACCCAGUGGGGGCAAGAGUAGGGAGGGAGUGAAAAGGAGGGGAAGGCUUGAGAAAAUGAAUGACAAGGUCAUGUAUAGGAAUCAACAGGGCACAAAAAGCGCAGAAAGGCAUUUCUGUGAGGGACUGAGCCCAAGCUUGCACUUCUUGUCCUCAGAUGGUUGCCAGUGUUACUUAUUUACAUGCUCCCUCCUCCUCCUGCAGUGUAGACCCAUGUGCAGUGCUCUCUGGGUUGGAUUUAUUUCUGAGGUAAAAGAAGAAGAACAACUUAGAGCUAAGGACCAAGGGAGCAUCUCCUUCUUUGAUAGUAAUUGAGCUAGUGCUUUGGUUUUUGAAUAUAGGGAGAGUUGGUAAAGGAAAACUCCCUAUGGCCUUUUGGUCUUGGAGGUGUCAUGGAGUAAGGGGAUGAAGCGGGAUUGGAGUGUCAAGCUAUUGCUGCAUUUUUUUCUUAAGAAUUGAGCUGUUAGUCAAGCAUGUGGAACAGAGGAAUGGAUAGUAACCAAGCCUGAUCUGAGCUGGUAAGCUGCUUAGCUUGGAAUUCUAUCUAAGCUCUACCCCUUAACCCCACUGUUUCUCCUUCUAAAGCCAAAGGAGACCAGCCUGAGACAGACAGAAUCCAAAGAGGAAUAUUGAACUGGAAUGGGCAAGGGAGCGGCAGCAAGGCAGUAAAGAGGGUCCUUUAGCUGACAUAAACUUCCUCCUGGGCCCUUGGAAGCAAAGAUCAAGGAAAAUUCAAGAAUAGAGAUUUAUCAUGCAAAGAAGAGAGGAUUUUUUUUUUAUUUUCACUGAUCUCCUAUGUUGAUAUUUAACAAAUAUUGGACUUGUGUUUUUCCUAGUGGCCAGGGAGAGAGGGAAGCCUAGGAGUGGGAGCUUUUGGACCUCCAUAACCACACUGUCCCAGGAAAUCCAACAGUACAGAGAAUAAACACAAAAUGUGAAUGUCUGUAUAGAGGUGACCCUUUUCUGAGAUAGGGACAGGGUCCAACUUAGCAUGGGAGUGAGAAAGUUAAUAUACUGGGUGACAUAUUCCCAGAAGAAAGUUGAGUUCCCUAUCCCUGCUUUACCCUCAGAGAAUAGCCUGAGACUUGGGGUUUUGGGAAAUAAGUGACUAGAAUUCCUUAGGAGAAUGCCUAUCUGCAUUAACACUGCCAGUCACCCCUUUAGUUGCUGUCAACUGAAGUCUUUUUUUUUUUUUUAACCAACCCAAUUAGGUGACCAGUAACUGAGUAAAAAAGCCAAGACAGGGAACUCAUGCAUUUACACUAAAGGAGGGAGGCAGUUAAAUGGCCUGAAAUUAAUAAAAUCCAGAAUGGCUACAAGCCAAGAUUGCUCACAGGAGUUUUGGGGGAGCAAGGAUUGUAAAUUAUCUUAUUUAUUUUAUUUAUCAUUAUUUAUUUCAUUAAGAGCUGCCUUCCCCUGGCUGUUGUGAGAUCUUUCCAAAUGGCUUCAGAAAGGUUCCUUGGGAGGAGGAUGAAGAUUCAUCCUUCCUGUUUAAGCAAAGGGAAGCUGGCCACACACUGGAAUCUGCUCCUGCCCCUCUCCUGAGCAGCGCUAGGCUGGACAUGUAGCAUCAAGAGAAAGAUUCUUGUGGUAUGCUGAGGAGAUAGAGCUGUAGGCAAUAGCCAGAGCCUUUCUGGGGUGUAGAAGCUGGGAGAAAAUGUUUGGCUUUUGCAGAGAUAUUUUGACUUCUUUGGGCCUCAGCUUCUAUAUCUGCAAAAUGAGGGUAUUGGACUAUACAUUCUUUAAAGCUGUUCCUCGGAUAGGAUUCUGUGGUUCUGGGCUGGGAGAAAAGACACCAACUUGGAUCCCUCCCUUCCCUUCAGCAGAAAGCUCAGUGACUCCAAGAACUUCUUUUAUGCAAAAGCCUUGGAAGAAAAAGGAACCUCAAGCCUUGCAGAAAAGACAGGCGGCCUCCCUGAAGGCUGCUCAGCCCCGGCUACACAGAAUAAGGCAAAGAAAUAGCGUGGUACUCACUGCUAGCUUGUCGUGGCGGCCGCGGUAGCCUCGGCUGGUAGCUGUCUGCAAGGGGCAUUCACAACCACCACCUGCCUUAUUUCUUUUGAUCAGAGAUCCAUUUCCAAACAGAAGAAACUUGAUUUUGUGUGUUUCCUUUGGGGUCCUUUGGCGGGGGUCAUGCUGGGACCACCUUCACACCAAGGCUUUUGUGGGUUGUAGAUGGAAGAGGAGCAGGGACACCAGCUAGGAGCAGUGUAAAGGAUGCAGUGGAAUCACUUACUGUGAUUAGCAGAGUGUAAUUAUUCCCUGUAGGAGAACAGCCACAGAGGAGGAAACUGCCUCCUAGUGUCAUCCAGAGCCAGGGACAAGCCGAGUUUGAGGAGGAAAAGGUAGCCAAGCGAGGUGGUUUCAGGAGCCUUGACAGGCCCUGCUGGUUUAGGGUUUGGGUCUUCCCGAGUUGCAGAGCAGUGUCAGGGUAAGGCCUUUGUCCUAAUCGGUAGGAGCGGGGUGGGCUGUGAGUCCAGAGAGCCGUCUGCCUAAUAGCUUAGUAUUCACCCCAGGACAUAGGGUAUCCCUCUGAGGUCCCUCCUGACCUCAGUUUUUUCUUUGUUUGAGACCGUUUACAGCAUUUCCCGGGAGUUAGGAGAGGGCACUGGGCUGGUGGGUUCAGUGAAGUCCUCCCUCCCUGGAGGAAGCUUUGGGAUCAGUCCUCCUCUUUGGGAAUCUCCAUCCCCAUCUCUUCCAUUAAUUCUUUCCUUCAUCUCUUCUCCUGCUCACCCUUCCCCGCUCCUUCCCAACCCCCACCCCCACCCCCACACAAAUCCAUCUAAGGGUUUGGUUUAACUGUGAAGUGCUCAGAGAAGCCACCAGAGAACAGAGAACUUCAGGACAUUCUCCCUAAGAAAGUGGGGCCAAGAGGAAGGAGACUGAGCAGCCCCGAGCAGAGCCCUGAGCCAGGAGUGGGCUGCUGGCUUCUUUCUUAGAGUGUGCCUCGAGUUCCUUCCACAGCAGCUCCAGGAGGGGUCUAGGAAAGGGCUGGAGGUGAUAUUGGUGACUCUUUCUGUGCCAUAUCAUGCUGCUUACCUGGAAGUGCACGGCAGCCAAAGCUUGUCCCUCCCUUACCGUAAUCCUUGCAGGGACAGUACCCUCUUUUCUGGGUGUCUGGGAUAAGGACUUCUCACCUCCCUCCCAUCACAAGACCUCUUUUGAUUCCUCUAGCGCCAUUGCUCCCUCACAAUGUCUCUAGGCUAGGAGACAAUCACCCUUUCCCCAUCGUUCCCCCUUCUUUGGGCAGGCUGGCCCCGCUCCCCUUCCUCUCUGUUUCUUUCCAGAAGAUGUGUUUUUGGUUUUGAGAGGAACACUUUUCUGGAAGGCUCCUUUUUUUACCACCUUGCUUUCCUAGUGGGAAAGCAGGAAAUUUGCACAUGGCGUAGAGAGCUCUCCUCCCUGCUCCUCUCUGCCCAGCCUCGUUACCUCACUCCUGCCCUGCUGGUGGCGUCUGUGACGGGACCAGGCCGGAGCUACUCCUUGCCCCCAAACCCCCUCCCCAGCCCGUGUUCCAUGUGACAAGCACAGCUCAGGGGUCUUGGGCAUUGUUUUCCGUUGCAACUCGUGGUCCCCUCCAGGCCUGGGAACCUGGACCAGAGUCGCGGCUGCUAGUAAGAAGCACUCUUCCCGAGGAGGGGAGCUGAUGCAGGACGAUCUCCCCCACACGUGAAAGCUUCAAGAACAUUUUCUCGCCUCCCUUUCCCCUUGCCUUGGGCCCCUUGCUCUUCUCAAUACAAUGUGGCACUUUGCAGAAUCAAUAUGGCGGCCUCUGCGCAAGGUGGGAAGACUGGGUAGUGGCUGGGGAUCCCACCCUGGACUUAGUUGCCAGUUGCCUUGAGGCAUAGGGAAAGCCGCAUUUUGCCAAGCGAUCCUGCGUGGAUCCCAGCUCUUCCUUGCCCCGUAUUCUAUGGGCGGGCCCAGAAUCUGCAUGGAUCAUCUUCCCCAACCCAAGGUGCUUUUGUUUUCCACUCACCCUGGGCCUCGAGCUGAAGAUGGGGCAGGGGGAGAGCCCACAGCUGCCCCUGGGUAACCCCUGGAGGUGUGUGGGUUGGGGUGGGGUGGGGCGCCUGGGAAGGGGGAAGAGCGCCGGUUCGAAUGCAGUCGGGUGGUCCGGCUGCCUUUUGUUGGGUACUAUAACUGUACUUUUGCCUGGCGCUGCGCGCAAGGAAUAAAACCGGAAACUUACUGCUAGAACCUAGAAACAUACAAGGCUACUCAGCCAAAUCUUAAUGUAAAGUAGCUAGAGCCAUGGAAGUAUGGUAUGAAUUAAAGGGAAAAAAGUAUUGAACAAAGUAAGACCAAA